GCGGUGAACCGGCCUGCUUGAGGCGCCUCUCCGAGCGCUGAGCCGGCAGUCUCGCUGACCUGUAAGGAGUGAUAGGGUCUAACCGCCUGAGCUCAGAGUCCACCGACUGACCCGGGCAGGGGCGGCGAACGUGCGGCGGCUGGUGACGUGAGCGUCCUCCCGCCUCUCUCGGGGUGGCGCCCUCUGGUGACGUGGGGGGCAUGAUGGCCGCCGCGAGGCCGGGAAGGUGAAGCCCUUUGGCCAUUUCGUAUCCAGUCUUCUGUAUAUGCCAGCAUUUACUCAGCACUUGGAAUUGGUGGAGUCAGCACAAUCAGUAGCCAACCUCAAUCUGAGAGACAGGACAGAGGAGAACUCAGAUUCUUUUCGUCUUUUUGACUCCAGCCAUGCCCAUGAUGCCCAGCCUGUGAAGGUCUCUCACCAUCCAAAAACUUCUCCUCUGUUCCAGUUGUGCCAGCAGACGAUCCGCGGACCUAUUUUAUUUUCCCUGCUAGGAGUUGCUGUGCAUAAAACUGGCGCGAUGUCCCUGCUUUUCUCUCGGUGCAACUCUAUCGUCACAGUCAAGAAGGACAAGAGACACAUGGCUGAGGUGAAUGCUUCCCCACUCAAGCACUUUGUCACUGCCAAGAAGAAGAUCAAUGGCAUUUUUGAGCAACUGGGGGCCUACAUCCAGGAGAGCGCCACCUUCCUCGAAGACACUCACAGGAACGCAGAACUGGACCCAGUUACGACAGAAGAACAGGUUCUGGAUGUCAAGGGCUACCUGUCCAAAGUGAGGGGCAUCAGCGAGGUGCUGGCCCGACGGCACAUGAAAGUGGCUUUUUUUGGCCGGACGAGCAACGGCAAGAGCACGGUGAUCAAUGCCAUGCUCUGGGACAAAGUCCUGCCCUCUGGGAUCGGCCACACCACCAACUGCUUUCUGCGGGUCGAGGGCACAGACGGUCACGAGGCCUUCCUCCUCACAGAGGGCUCGGAGGAGAAGCGCAGCGUCAAGACUGUGAACCAGCUGGCCCAUGCCCUUCACCAGGACGAGCAGCUGCACGCUGGCAGCCUGGUGAGUGUGAUGUGGCCCAACUCGAAGUGUCCGCUCCUGAAGGAUGACCUCGUGCUCAUGGACAGCCCUGGCAUCGAUGUCACCACAGAGCUGGACAGCUGGAUUGACAAGUUUUGCCUGGACGCUGACGUGUUUGUGCUCGUGGCCAACUCUGAGUCUACCCUGAUGCAGACGGAGAAGCAGUUCUUCCACAAGGUGAGCGAGCGCCUUUCCCGCCCGAACAUCUUCAUCCUGAACAACCGCUGGGACGCGUCUGCCUCGGAGCCCGAGUACAUGGAAGAGGUGCGGCGGCAGCACAUGGAGCGUUGUACCAGCUUCCUGGUGGACGAGCUGGGCGUGGUGGAUCGAGGCCAGGCUGGAGACCGCAUCUUCUUUGUGUCUGCCAAGGAGGUGCUCAAUGCCAGGAUCCAGAAGGCCCAGGGCAUGCCUGAAGGAGGUGACAAGGGAACAGGGGGCGCUCUCGCAGAAGGCUUUCAAGUGAGGAUGUUCGAGUUUCAGAAUUUUGAAAGGAGAUUUGAGGAGUGCAUCUCCCAAUCCGCGGUGAAGACCAAAUUUGAGCAGCACACGGUCCGGGCCAAGCAGAUCGCAGAGGCCGUGCGCCUCAUCAUGGAUUCUCUGCACAUCGCGGCACAGGAGCAGCGGGUUUACUGCCUGGAGAUGCGGGAGGAGCAGCAGGAGCGGCUGAGGUUUGUUGACAAGCAGCUGGAGCUCCUGGCGCAGGACUACAAGCUGCGGAUUAAGCAGAUCACGGAGGAGGUCGAGAGACAGGUGUCCACCGCGAUGGCGGAGGAGAUCAGGCGCCUCUCUGUGCUGGUGGACGAGUACCAGAUGGAUUUCCACCCUUCCCCGGUGGUCCUCAAGGUCUACAAGAACGAACUGCACCGCCACAUCGAGGAGGGACUGGGCCGGAACAUGUCCGACCGCUGCUCCGCGGCUGUCAGCAGCUCUCUGCAGGCCACGCGGCAGGACAUGAUAGAUGGUUUGAAACCCCUCCUGCCUCCGUCUGUGCGGAGUCAGAUAGACGUGCUCGUCCCUCGGCAGUGCUUCUCCCUCAGCUACGACCUGAACUGUGACAAGCUGUGUGCGGACUUUCAGGAGGACAUCGAGUUCCACUUCUCUCUCGGGUGGACCAUGCUGGUGAACAGGUUCCUGGGCCCCAAGAACAGCCGCCGGGCCCUAAUGGGCUACAACGACCAGGUGCAGCGCCCGGUCCCUCUGACGCCAGCCAACCCCAGCAUGCCCCCGCUGCCGCAGGGCUCCCUCACCCAAGAAGAGCUCAUGGUUUCCAUGGUCACUGGCCUGGCCUCCUUGACGUCCAGGACCUCCAUGGGCAUUCUCGUAGUUGGAGGCGUGGUGUGGAAGGCGGUGGGCUGGCGGCUCAUCGCCCUCUCCUUUGGACUCUAUGGCCUCCUGUAUGUCUACGAGCGCCUGACGUGGACCACCAAGGCCAAGGAGAGGGCCUUCAAGCGCCAGUUUGUAGAGUACGCCAGCGAGAAGCUACAGCUUGUCAUCAGCUACACUGGCUCCAACUGCAGCCACCAAGUCCAACAGGAGCUGUCUGGGACCUUUGCUCACCUGUGCCAGCAAGUCGACGUCACCCGGGAGGACCUGGAGCAGGAAAUCACUGCCAUGAACGAGAAGAUUGAGGUUCUCGACUCGCUUCAGAGCAAAGCAAAACUGCUCAGGAACAAAGCCGGUUGGUUGGACAGCGAGCUCAACAUGUUCACGCACCAGUACCUGCAGCCCAGCAGAUAGUGGGCCGCCGCGAGCCGGAGCCCGUGUGGACAAGGGCGGUGCCGCCAGUGUGGGCCUCCCAGCAGGGCCAUGCAUAGCUCCUGCCUGUGGCCGCCACUGUGAGAGGGAAAGCACCCCCGUCUCAUGCCAUUUUGAGCCCCUGAUCGCUAGUAUCCCCCCCCCUUUGCCUGCUGUUGCAGGAAGAUCUGGCUUGUGCCCCCAAAGGAAACUUUAAUGACGACGUGGACAGCAUGACACCAAGGAGUCGAGUCUUUGCUUUGUCAGGAGCCCGGGACUGAGACUCACUUGAGUGCUUGACGAGGUCCUGGGAUCUGCCUGCCCCAUGGAAUGCCUGGUUGAAGCUUUUGGGGGUACCAAGCAGACCCCUUCUCCGACCAGCACCAACACCGACCCGUGCACACCCGCCUGCCGCGCACUCCAGCACCCCUGCGGAGAAAGGCCGCCUGAGGGAGGGUUGGGUUUUCUUCCCAGGUUGCGCUGGAACAAGUUCCAGAAAGGCCCGAGUCCGUCCCAGAAGGGCUGUUGCCUGUGUGUGUCAGUUUGGCCCUUCAGCUUUUGUGCCUCGCUCCUUCCGCAGAGCAUUUCAGACAUGUCUUGGGGGCGGGGCUUGCCUCGGUUGGUCUUGGAGCCUCCUCGUGCUAGGAAGGGGGAGGUGUUGCAGAAUCGACUGGAGUCAGAGUAGCUGAGGGCAGGGGCCGCGUGGGGAGAGCAGGUAGCCGAGUCCUUGGCCUUGGCCUUGGCCUUCCUCCUCUUCAUGGCGUCCCUUGUUCUGGUUUUGGUCCUUAGCCCGUGUAGUCUGGUUUUUUCGUUGGUCAGAGAUGGUUUGGUCCAGAGCGUUCGAGGAUGUAGCUGAAGGAAAGAAGGCAGAGGGAGGGGGGUGGGCCCGAUCCGGGAUGGCUGGAGAAUGUGGCCUCCACGGAGAACAGAGCCCUCACGGGGUCUGAGAGCCCACCCUGUUAGCUCGGUUGUGUCCCUGUUAGGCUCCUUAAGAAAGGCUCCUGCCCCCGCCCCCCAACCUUGGCCCAGGCUGCCCUUGACCUCCGGACCUCUGGACUAACUCUCCUGUGCCAGUAAGGCUGCCGCUGGCUGAGAGACGGUGUGGGACACCCAGCAGCCCUCCUCUGGUCUUCCCGUCCUCCCUGCUCCCCACAGCCUCUUGCUGACCCUCACUUGGCCUCGUGUUGACUUUGAGAAAUGUUCCCUGUUGAGUUUGGGAUCGUUACUGGUUGAAGUGGGGGCAGGUUCCUGUCUCUGAGGUGUUAACUGGGGCAAACAGCCUUCGCAGUUCGGGUCGGAGAACUUCCUAGAAACCAGUAGGUUCUCUCUCCCAGAAAGAGCUGGGGCUCAGGCCGAGAGGUGGGGCUUGUCCUCUUGAAAUUCCCCCCACCACCCCGCCCCCCCACCGCCACCACCGAGCUUCCGGGAAAUGAGUUGUGGCCUCUGCUCGCCAGUAGAUGGCCGCACAGGUGGUAUCCUGUCCGGGUGCCCGCUCAUUCAGACUGUAGUGCGGCUGCUGUGUGGAACCAAGUGGGGGACCUUGCCGGGAUCGCCCCACGGCAGGAGGAUGUUCGAGCUUUCUGCCAGGCCUACGUGGUCACUUCACAGCGUGUCAGGAGAAAUCAGUGUCACACAAUUCCAAUGAAUUCUGUGCUUUUUGGGGAAAAAGAAAUUAUUUAAUAACUAAACAUGAAUUUUUUUGAAUGUAGCCCCUGGGCAAUGAAUGAAUUUUGAGUUUCUUCUCCAGUAAGUGAAAUUAAAUGUAUCCCACUGAGGGAAAGGCUCGGACAGAAGUGUGGCAAAAAGCACUUUAAUUUGAUGCUGCUAACUUUGUUCUCCCGUUUUACGUUCAUUUGCUAGAGUGUGAGACGUGCUUGACACAGUGAGUGUUUUCUCUGAUGUACUUAAGGUGAUCUACUUGCCUGAAUUACUCCUGUAUCAUUGCUGAUAAUACUGGCACUAAAAUAAAACCCAGUUGGAAACACUU